AUGAAAGAUAUCCUUAAGCAAGCUGCUUCAAUCGCUCUCGAGUACAAUGAAAUUAUGAAUCAUCUCUCCUAGAUUCGUCACGAACUUUACGACUGUGCCGAAAUUCCUCACAUGUUCGAUUUCCUUUUGGAGGAAAACCUCCUUUAAACCUUUGCUAAUGAUUAAGCUCAAAUUACUAAUUCUCUAGAGUAUAUGAAGGAAACUGGAUAAAUAUCCUUGUACAUCUAAACCAAAUAAAAUAUAAAGAACAUAUGCAAGAAAAUAGAGGAGCUUGCUCCUAGAAUCUGCAAUGCUAACAAGUAGUUCUUGAAGAUCAGGGGAGAAUUAUAAGGAAGUAAAAAUAACAUAUCAAAUACUCUGCUUGAUUAACUUGACUGCUAAAGCUAUAUGAUCAACAGAUACUUCUAAGAUAUUUGA